AGCAAAUAAGCAGGUACUCAUCCGAAGGUCCUUUCCUGUCGUUCUUGUAGCACCGCAAAGGGAUAAAAGUUAUGUUCGAGAGACAAGAUCUUCAUGUUAAUCCUGAUAAGUUUGUUAUCCCUGAAAGCGAAUACAAAUGGUAUUAAAUGUCCCGUCGACAGUAUCGGAGUACUGACCUGGGCACCCUACCAUACCAUGUGAAUGGUGUGGCAAUGGUCAAGUUGUACUGAAAAGACCUCAGUACCAUUUGAUAAGAUGGACCAUGAGGCAACAUGACAUGACACGACUUUUCGCUGCUGUAGCAGCUUUUUUUUGAGAAGUUGAAGUUAGUGGACUUUCUUACCUUUCAAUAUUAUUGAACUUCCUAUACUGCUGGCAGCAGUCACUCCUGAUGUUGCUAUUUGAUUCCUCUCGACCUACUUGUGCCAGCCUAUUUCGCCGCAACGAAAUUUCUAUUCUCUCUAUGGAAAGUCCUUCGUUUCAUCUCGGGUUCCUUGUCUGGAGGAAGCUCUCAUCGGCAUUAUAUUCCACCUUUUGCUUUGAAUAAUUUUACUUCCUUUAUUUCCAGACACUUUUGACUUGUUGCUCUUUUUUUAACUACAUCGUUCUUGUUUAUCGUUCUGUCGUUCAAUUAUUGAUGAACUUUUGAUUCGAACCGUGGAUCUCAGAUAAAGAACGCAUGUAGCUAGUUGAAAGUACAAUCAAGAAAAAAUGGACUUCGUUACGCUAAAGGAAGAGCGCCUAUGCGAGUUCCCGCGGAUCCGCCACUCUGAGGGUCUCGGGAAAAUUCUUCAGUAUGCAAAUACGACCGUUCGCGAAAUUCACUUGCCAAUCGGCUACAACGACCAACUCAUAUCAGCCGCCGAGCGUACUAAUUAUUUUUUUGAUUUGAAGCUGUGCUGCGGCGCUGCCUAUCGCUGCUAAGUCAUUCUUCUUCGUCGUGGUAACAGACUGCUGGAAACAGGUGAAUACAUCACAAAGGCAUUUUCGACUAACUUGGAAAGUUGAGUACUUAUUUCAAUACAGGUACGCAGGCCACAGGCUGGCAAUUCAUGAUUGUACUAGAUUUCGGCAAAUAAAAACAAGUGAUAGAAUGAAUAUUGAACUACAGCCGGGGAAGUGGCACUGUUGAUCGACGCGGGUUCAGCUUGCUUUGCUAUAAGCGACGUGCAGCAGAACGGUUUGGCCUUGGAUAUCCACGAUGUCUCGCCGGACACGCCUGCAGCGCUGGAGGGUUGGCGUAUCGUUCUGCCACACCCGGUGGCGAACCUGAAUAACCAGAGCGACCACUGUCUUCGCUAUCUUGUGACCGAUCAUGCCAUCUUGGUCUACAUCCUGCUUUCUUCGGGGGUAGUGCACAAGCUUUGCAUCACGCGUGGAACGAGAGGACACCUUCAACGUACACGCGACGAGGGUAAAAACGAUUCAUCAGAAGCAGCCGGCGCCAGGAGAACAGUAGACGAGGUAGACCAGCAAGCUGUAGCGGGUGCGGGCGGAGCCGGCACAACCACAGGGCUCUGUGUGCAAUGGGUACAGGCAAUGGAGCUACCAGCUGAAGGGUGCGGCUUUUCCUCUUUCGCGGUCGCCUCGGAAGAUACAGUGGUGUUUGGAACCGAAGCUGGGCUACGAGUAUGCCGAUUUUCGAGACAACAAUAUCAAGCAAGUGUUCUGGAUGGUCCCUAUGUAGUGGUUCCCCAUCAAAACCAGGGAGAACAGCAAUUGGUCAAAAAUCCUGGUGAUGACGACAGCAUGAUGAUGUUCCACCCAACAAAUGGAACAGCCAGAGGCGGACCUCCUCCAACAGGUAGUGCUGGUCAUGUUGAGCAACAUUUUGCGCAACUGAAUGGAGGGGUCGGUGGACGAGGAGCCUUUGCACCUCAGCCCCAGCCUCCAAGGGAGGACACGUUCAUAAAUGACGCGGGGCGCUUCUCCUUUUUCUCCAAACCGGUGCAGAACAUUCUAGUCGUGGCCAGCUUCGGCGGUGCAGGGGAUGUUCUGACCUAUGCGAGCGACGGGAAGUUGCGGCUGACACGAGCAGCCGCGGUCGUCAGCAGCGACUACAGCCGACAAACGCGACAAGGACAACACCACGGCACAUCGAAUUAUAAGACUGCCAAAACUUCUACAAAUUUCACCUAUGCGAGUAGUGCAGCGAGCGGUACAACCCUGACUCGGUGCGAUGUGCAGGAGUUGAUUGAGGAGGACCAAUUCUCUCUUCGAAUCGCAGUCCAGAAAGAAAAGAUCGUUAUCGGCGCAAAACGCUUGUUCUUAGUCGCAAUGGACAGGGAAAAGGGGCUGCAACCUGUCCAAGAAAUCAUAACCACUCAUCCGACGAUGUGCCCCAGUUUUUUCGAGCUCACUCCAACCUCGCUUUUUCUCCUCUACAGACGCGGCGGCGUAGCCAUGGUACUCAUCUUCAUUUUAAAUUAUUUUGAUAAUAUGUUGAAGGUCAAUCAAAGGUUUUCUGCGUGCCCAUCAGUUAGAUUAUUCUUUUAUUUUUAAGCUUUUGUCCUCAUCUUUUUUGAAAGACAUGAUGUUCGCCUGUUGCGUUCAAUUUUAUUUUUAUAUUAGUUGAAGUCUGUUCGCUACAAACAUCUAUCAUGACAUCCACAACACUCAACAGGACGAGAUUUUACAUAUAGACUUGGCAUCUGGUUUGGAUUCGUGGGAGGCUUCUCGUAAAAUUCAAAUGGAAACAAGGCGGAAGCAAGCUGUCGCAAGCGGAGCAAAAGUAGACACUAUACACCCUGUGCACACGUGGCACCACGAGGAGCAAGUGUGGCACGCGCAAGAGCGUGCCUUGGGAGAGUUCGGGGACAGCAGCGCCUUCGAGGAGGAGUACGAGCGACAUGUGAGCUGCAAUCGCCGAGAAACUAGAAAAUUGGCCCUGCUGGCGCGCAAGGGCGGAGCGGCAGAAUUUCUGCGCCAGUUUUGGCUCUCCCGCAUCUUUCAGCGCAAUCGUUUUUCAGAAGCCACGCUGUCCGAAGUAAUAAGUGACCUUGUCGCCAUGGAGGAGCGUGUGUCCGCGGCGAAGCGCCAGAGGACGUCCGCAAAUUUGGCCUCGCAGGACAGUUUCAUCUACAGCAGCAAUGUUGCUGGUGGACCUGCACCAUCCGUAACAACAUCACCGCAUGCUGCUGCUACUAGGCACAGCGCCGGAGGAGGAGUACAACAAUUGGGAGGAGGCGCACCUUCUGGAGCAGCCUUUUAUGCGUCGUCUGGCCUGUUGAAUGCGACGGAGGGCCACGACUUCGAGUCGCGACCUUCGACGACGCCGGCGCCGUCAGCAGUGAGUGUCGCAACUGUGCGGGCACUUCUAGAGCGCAGAGCAGGCGGGAAUGCGGGUCACCAAUCAGACGCCCGUGCUUCCGGAACGACGACGACAUCAAGGACCACCGGAGGCUGCGGCUUUUCCGCCGCGGCUUUGGAGUUCAUCGAUUACUGUCGUGACCGCGAAAGACGAAGGAAAACGCUCUUUCUGGGGAAAGUUCGAUGCUACGCACCUCAUUGCGUCCGACGCACGUCAAACACUGGACAAGGUAUAGUACCGGUUGCACGACUCACAAGCACAGGACUCUCAGUUCUGAGACCUAUAGUAGACCCCACAGAGCAAUUGUGGGAUACUUUCGUUACCUUUCGCGCAAUGAUGCAAAGCAACUUCAUCCACAAGGAAGCACUUUUAUCUCUUUCAACGGACGAUGACUUCCUCCUGGCAGCAGCAGUACUCAUAAACUACACUUUAAUUCCACUUUUGAGAAUUUUCGUGAGGUACCCUGUACUAGGGAUAGACUCGGACAGAUAUUACGGAAGCAACCAGAUUAUAACCAGGUGCACGUCAGUCGAAUGAAUAUAUCAAAAGAUGUCCUCUGGUUUUUGUGUUUGAUGAUGUCGUGUGGAGAAUUCAUUGUAAAAUAUUCAGUACCAGAGCUCCACUUCGAGUAUAUUACGAGAGAAAAAAGGCAGAGGAUCUUCAACAGAAUAUCAACACUAGCAUCAUGUUGUAUGAUUUUUCCAUCAGGCACAGCAGCUGCCCAGUUUGGUAGGUGAAAGCCGUAUGAGCGUGGCGUUUGCAUCAUUAGCAGAGAAUCCGCACGCACUUCCCGAAGUGCGACAGACUUUGCGUGACAUCGAAUUGGGGGAGCCGGCAAAAAGUGAGGCAGCAGAGGCAUUCCAGAGUACUUACUUUCCUUUAUUCAGGAGCUUCACGAUUUUACUUGAAAUUUAAUCUUGAUUCCUAAGAGAUGUUGAGUGACUGAUACUAAAUGAAAUCGGAAAAGAUAAAUAUACUGAGCCAGAAGCAAGAACAUGUGCAAAUGGCGCAGCGGUCAAUGUGUCGGACUCGAGUUCGAAUGACCCUGGGUUCGAUUCCAGAAGGGAUGCGAAAUCGUGGUAUGUCUGGACCUCUGAGCUCUGCUCUGCGGACAAGACACAAACAAGUAGAUAGGGAAAUCUGACUGGAAUCGAGCACGGAGGAGAGGACAGCGACCGCUAGCGCAUAGGCAAGAGGCCGUCGACAUGAUGACAAACUACUAGGUCAGAAUCCGAGAGUACUCGGUGAAGACUACAAAGAAACGAAGAUUAAUAAUUGCCUGACUUUUGACUGGAGCUGGCUUUGACCUGCUUUUGGUGAACAAAUGCCGAAGCGUUUUUGGGAGUAGGAAGAAUUGCCGUUAUGUGCGGACCGGACGAAUGGCCAGCUUUCCUUAGAGGACGAGCUGGGUGACUCACUUCUUUUCUUCGAUGAGGUUUGUAAAGUGUAGAUCUCAAUUACUAGCUCUAAGCCUUACCGGAUGAAAAUAUCUGUCUUUAGCAUUUAUGUUGACUUUUGAAUCAACGACAGAAAUCGGAGAUUUGCAGGGCGCCGGCCAGCAGGUCUUGCACGCUUUGCAGGGUUUACAUUUGACGCAUGGACCACCGGCAGGCCUUUUAAGCUUGCAACCAGAGUCGCGCGUCCGAGACACGUGGAACCUUGGCGAUUUGCUGUUGGGAUCAGUGGCGCGUAGUGAGUUGGCCACAGCCGCAUUGGCGAUGCGGGAUAUCUGGGCCUGGCUUGACUAUCAUCGGCUUCCAGCGCCUAGCGGCACUCUUUUCGUGGAGGAGCAGGCGGAGCACCUCGAAAGUCUUGCUGAUUUUCUUGCCCUGCAGGUACCGUUCAUGCACACAGUACUGCAUACUUUGUCGCUACCUGCCCAGGCGAGUGGCAGCAGCCUUCUUGGCGCGCCUCCAGCGCCGAGCGCGGUUGACGAAUGGAUGCGACUAAGAGCGGUCACUUCCGGCGGCACAGAUGAUGGGAGUCGAGGGGGCGAAAAUCGGCACCGUGCUGCCCCUGAGUCGAGAGCAGUUAUGACGAGCAGUAUCAUGAUAAACCAGAGACGCAGUUCAUGUCUUCCGCAUCUGCAGAAUUUGAAUAUACCGUUGCUGCUGUUGCGCCUGUCCUCGUCGGGCGCAGUGACGAAUCCGUGGCCACUCAUACUGAAUUUUACGGAAGCCUUGCCGGUGGAGCGACCGGUGUCUCCGAUGUACUUUCGCGCACGAUGGCAUUUGAUGAGCCAGGAUUUGGACGAUGCUUGUGCGCUCUUCCGCAAGCUGCUCGAAGACUUUUCGGCGGGCGAAAUGAGCGAACUCUGGCUGCAGUUGGUCCCCGAGGUGCCGCGGUGGGCCGAGCUACUCGCCGAUGCAACCGCGCAGCUACGGCCGCAGCUCGGCUACUGCUUUCACGUGGCCAACGUCUUGUUACAGCAACAGGGCAGCACGGUGGCGACGCACGCGAUCGAGUUCCUCGAGCGGGCAUGCAAAAUUAUAGAAGAGGACGUUACAACAUCUUUGAUUGCCAAUCAUGGACGUGGAGGAACGACAAGUAGAACAAAGCAGGGAAGUUCUGCGGCGGGAGGGAACCUGGCGCAAGUGAUAGAGGACGAGCCUAUGUUAGUCGACGACGUCAACGAGCAGGUGGACGUAAUUCUUGAAGAUCAUCAUGGGUAUCCAACUACGGGUGGUGCAGGUGUGGCACUAGACACGCCGACCACAGCUAGUAGUACGGUUGUUCUUGCAUGGUGGGGCAUGGCUCUCGAGUUCGCACUGGAACACAAGCUGUGGGGUCAUGCCCUGCGACUGGUGGACGAGAAGAUGGCACCGCAUUCGUUGAGUGGCGCGAAGCGAGCUUUGCUGAAGUUGUCAUUUCUCCUUCGAAAAAGCGGCGCCCUCACAGUGCUGGUUCCGCACUUUACCGCUUUGCGACGAGAGAUGCAGGAAGCGCUGCUGCAGGAUCUCAUCGCACAUCGCUGCGAGAAGACGCUCUACUCUUUAGCAUUAGCGGAGGCGCAGGACGUGCGCGCCGCCUACAUCGCGCUGCGCAUGUACGAGCAACUCCGGGAGGAGAGUGAGCGAAUUCUCGCGGACAACCUUGGCACUGGCUAUCAGCGGCAGAGCGGGUCCGAGGGUCAUUUCACGUGGACACUGGCGAAGGAACCCUUGCUAUACGGCGAGUUCCUGUCAUCUUCCUCUUCAAUAUCCGCAUCAAGUGGCACUGCAACUUCCUCAUCAGAUCAUGGUGGCCUACUACCGUCCCACGACAAGACUGAGGACUACCAGAGAAGUGCGCCAGAGGCCGUCGAGGCUUCGUCACACGACUAUCACGAUGAAGGCGAAAAUAACAUGGCAGCAGCUACUAGUAGUCCGAGCAAGCGGGUGGACGCCAAUCAUGAAGAUGCAGAGGUUCGAGCGUCGGCGCUUCACCUCGCAAGCACGUUGCUCCACGCCGUACCGGCAGCACUACUCAAGCGGCAGCGGGACUGCCUUUUGCUCUGCCUCGCGGCAAAACCAGAGCCAGAGUUUCUCUAUCUUCCGGAGGAGCCACAAAGUGACCCAAACGAGUCGGAAUCAGCAGUUGGAGUGCACAUUCGAAGUCGGCCGACGCCCACACGAGCGAGGCCGAUAGGAGCGACUAUAGGCUUGGCGGGUGCCGCAACAGAAGCGGAGCGACUCCAGCGUGCCCGCGUCCGCGGCAUCUUCAGGAGUGCACGACGUCAGGCGGCGGAAGCGGUGCUCACGAGUCGGGAUCUGAGGCGUAAAGUUGCAAUCUUAGAGGCACGCAUAUUUCUUGCGGAGUCUCCGUUGCGGCCGCUGGGCAUGGAGAUCAGUGGUGACUGCACAACCUUGUCGGAAAUCUUUGCGGGAUCGUGGAAGCCUAGAGUGUUCACCACUGCACUGCUGCACGAUCCACGGUAUUUGGCUUCGAAGCUAGCGCAACAGGGAUUGGCCAUCAGCGCAGUUCACUUGUGUCAGUAUUUUGAAGGGAUCGACGUUUUUCAGUUUGCCCUCAGGCCCUUCACGGCGCUAUUGCUGCAUGCCGAAAAAACUGCGGGCGGUGCUGCAGCUGCUUCGGAGCCGGCACAUGCGCUCUCCGUUCUCGUCGAGGUUGCGGCUCAGGCAGGUCUUCUUCGGGGUAUGUUUCUUCGACAGGAUGGAACAGACUCCUUGCUUUUUCCACCUCGUGGAGGAACAGCGAGUUCCUCCUCGUCUUCCUCCAAGGCAGGUCUAGCGGAGGAAGCGGCUCGUCGAUCGCUAUGGUUGACAUUGGAAAGUCUCACUUUGCGUCUCGGUUUUGAGUGUGAGCUGUGUGAACUCCUGUUGUCGCAGUCGUCCGAGAGGUUGCCGGUUUCGCUUGUACAGGCUUUUUUCUUCUGCGACACACCAGAAACCUCAACUACAAACUUUGUUCCGACGGCGCUCAGUACCACUACAGCAAGGCAUUUCUUAACAACUACUAGUACAGAGAACCAGCCUUCUCGUGUUAGAAGUACAGCGACGACUUCCCAGUACUGUACAGAAGCCAGCAGCACAAGCACGAAGUGGACCCAGCUUCUGCGAAUGUUGAUGCAGUACGGGCGACUGGAGGAAAUCAUGGCUCUGCUGGAGAAAAAAGUCGAGCGUCGCGGUUUCACCACCUUGGACGACCACCAAAGAGAAAACCACCUAUCAUCAGCUAUAAGAGGUGGUGCAACUGCUUCUGCAAAUGUUGUUGUACCAGGAGUAGGAGAUGUAGCAGGAGGAGGCGUAGAGAGCUCUCGCCCACUGCUGUUGCAAUUGCGCAAUGCACUCCGCCAGCAGGUCGGGCGUACAUCUGUUCCUUCGACACCUCCCGCGGCCAUGCAACAGCUAGAGGUCUUGGCACAGUGUGUCCGCCGUAUUGAUCGCAUGUUGGAGGGCCUUCCUGAAGUUUGACAACGGUAUUUAUCCACUAUAGUAUUCACUCUUCCACCGCAAAUAUGGGCGGCAUCCUCCGCUUGGCGGUCUAGGGCCGACGGAGUAGAAGAUGCUCAUGAAUCAGGUCGGCAUCCUCGUUUUCAGUUUACCUGAUUAUUGUGAGACAACAACAAGUAAGGCAGAGUAGACGCACUGACUAUACUACCUCAAGACUGCUUUACCAUUGAGUUUGACACGCAACGCAUACGCAGUCCCAAUUUUUUCGUGAGAAACAUCGCGAAAGCGGUAUCCGCUAUGUCACACCGAACAAUUUUCACAUUAGAGAAGUUUCAAAUGUGUUCCCCCCUGCAGCAAUAUGGAGCCCACCGACAAAAAAAGCAGUUGGGGAUCUCUUGAAAUUACAUGCAACGGC